GUGCUUCUGCACGCAGCGGCGCUCAGGCUAUGGACACCAUCACCAUCUACGACAUUCCCAACAAGUUCAUUGCCUUUGCGGGACUAGUGCCAGUUCUGUCCGAGGUUCUCUCUGAGAUGGGGCAGGUGAGCUAUAUUUUGGCUCUAUAA